AUGCCUAUACCUAGGACAUGUCAGAGGCUUACCUAUGACUGUGCUUGGGACCCUGAUGUGACUACCCCUCGGGAAGCGAGACGACGCUUUCUGCGGCUCUUUGGUCUGGUCCACGCUUUAUCCUUCCACGUGCGCGUAGCCUGUGCCGCGCUCGAGGUUUUAGCGCCGGUCCGCCUUCACAGUGUCGCGCUCGAGUCCUUCGCGCUGAACCUCGCUGGGAUCUUCGCGCUGGACCGCGCUGGGGGUCUUCGGUCGCGUUGCGUCCUGACGGCUUUGGCGGCAUUUGGGGUAGUGUCGGUGCGUUCCUCUGGAGCGGCUAGGUCCGAGUCACAUGCCCAACAUAUACAUAAGUUGUACAGGAGGUGA